AUGGAAGGCUUUACAUGGACACUCGCCAUCUUUGCCCUGCUGGCUAUUGGAUCCUCCGCUGAAGACUGCAAAGACGAGUUUCUCUCUUGCGUUGUAUCUAAGGACAAGGACAAUUUGUACUGCGAUUCUCCCUUGAUGGAUUACUGCAAUAAGAGCUGUAAUUUUUGUACAGCCAGGGAGUAUAAGCCAAUUGUCUGUGAGGACCAAUUUACGAGUUGCGCUCUUUAUAAAAGGUUGGGUGAAAUGGAUUGUAGCAGAUCGGCCGUAAAGGCAGCAUGUAUGAAGACAUGUGGAGUUUGCGAGCCUGUUGGUAUCCCUGACAAACGAUGGCUACUGACACUGGAUAAACCUAAACCACGAGUUUGCAGGGACAGUGGAGGUCGUUGGUGUAGUCGAAUGAAGGAAUUCAACCGUUUGAAAUGUAGUGCAAUGAUAAAAAAGAAAUGCAAGAAGAGCUGUGGCCUUUGUAUAGACACUGGGGAGAUAGAGUGUAAGGACGGGAGUCGUUAUUGCCCAUUAGCUGCAUUCGACGACGAAAAAUGUGAAACGGGUCAUUAUCAAAAGAAAUGUCCAAAGAGUUGUGAUGUCUGUGGCAGCGGAUUUGGGGAUAAAAUUCGAACACUGUGUAAGGAUUACAGUCAUAAGUGCCUUAUCGGUGAUGACUUCGUCUGUUUCUCAAUGCCGCAUGGGACUCAACUCUGCCCUAAGACGUGUGGACACUGUAAUUUUUUAUAUGACAAUUAAUGUCCUCGUCUUUUCCCGAUGGACCAUCCUGACAUUAUUGGCGAUAAGCGACUAGAAACGCCAACCUUUAGAGUACAUUCAAACACGACCGUGCCCUAUUUGAAUUUCAUAACAAAUCAGAAUGCAGCAUAGCCAAUAUUAAACGUUCAUUAUUUCUCCAUAUAGGCACGACCGUUCCAAUACGGA